UUUGUAACGGAAAUGCAUUCGAUUUGUCCUUCACAUCUUUUACUUUCGACGAUGGUUUAGUAAAUAUCGCGGAUGUACCAGUUAUUAUAUAUAAAGAUUUCAUCUUUUACGAUACAUAUACUGAUAGAUGUACUAGUCGGAGAUUUAACACAAAUGGCAAGAUGUUAACACGUCGGCAUGGAAGACGGAAUAGUCUGUUAAUUGAAACGAGAGCCAAGGAAAUACAGAUUGCUGUUCAUAAUCCUGAAGAGGAGCCAGACAUGUAUACAGACGGUAUCACUGUUGGACAAGACACUGAAACAUUUAUAGAAGUGCACAGGAGAGAGUAUAUAGCUUUACCAAGUCCAUUCAUAUCUAAUGGGAAUCAGAAGUGUAGAGAAAACUCAGAUUACAGCUUUUUUGAUUGUAAACGUAAAUGUUGGAACGCAUUAUUGGUGAAACAGUGUGGUUGCACUAUGAACCGUUCAGGGAACGGAACAUAUUGCUUCGAUAUAAUAGAUGACGAAGUUUGUGCCUAUCUUCUAUGGACUGAUUUACGAAACAAAGAGCCGUCAUCAAUAUGUGCAUGUCCUCCGGAAUGCAAGGUCAUUACGUAUGACGUGGUAGUAUCAUCCACAGCGAAGAAAUACGAAGACUAUGUUCCCAAUAUGAUGAUUCGGGUAUUUCUGAAAGAUUUUUCAACAACAGUUACCGAACAGGUUCCUAAAUACGACGGUGUUACGUCAUUAUUAGCGAAUCUUGGGGGACAGAUGGGAUUAUUUCUUGGUGCAAGUAUCCUUACCAUAACAGAGCUGUUGGAAUUCAUUAUAUUCAUUAUGUUGUCGCUUAUUCAACGUCGACCAAAAAGAAAUGUUGUUCAAAAUGUAGCUUAAAGAUAUACCUUUGGAUCAAGCCAAUAAGGAUUUGCUGUUAUUUAUUGACUUUAAGGGUGUAGUUAGGUGAAAUUAAAACAAACUAAAAUUUAAAAUUGAUACUUUAAGUCAGAGAUGCAAUAGUUAAGGAACAAAAUAAACCAAAAAUAUUGAUAAGUUAUGGAACUCCUUUUUGCGAUAUUUGAUUUUUUUUUAAAUGACGGGAAAAGACUGACUCGGACUUUUACCUUAUAUUUAGCUUUGGCAUUAAUUGGGUCUCAAAUCGUAAGAAAAAAAAUCUUGAAUCUGCUUAAAUUUUGGUUUUGACCUUUUUAUGAGCUGUUGAUGUCUUCUAUGAAAAGAAAACAGGGCGAUAUGGGGCAAAACAUUUUACCCUGCAUCGUAGGGAAAAAACCCAAAGGAGACCGAACAUCUGACAAAAAUUCCUAAACCUGACCUGACUACAUCCUUAAUUCUUAAUUAUGCUUUAUUUGUUGGCAAUAUUGACAAUGCAAAUUAUACUCACAUAGGUAAAAAUAUGAAAAACAUUGCUGGAUUUCCCUCAAAGAAAGAAAUCAAAAAGCAAUAAGAACUUAAAUUGUUUUAAAUCACGAAAUCAAUUUUACCGCAUCAGUUGAACAUUUUGACAAAUAAUUACUCUACAGUGAUGGAAGAGGCCAACAUAUUUGAAAAUCCAAAAACUAAUGCAAACGAUAAGGAGCUGAUAUAACCGAAACAGAUUAAAAAUAUAGUCAAAGGAAAAUGAAUCCGAGCUAUGCAUGUGGAGAUACAAUAUUCAAUUUUAAACGAUUCCCUAAGUUUUAAACUUUAUAAAAACAAUAUUCGUGUUUUCACGCAAGCACCAGAUUACUGAGUCACUGGUGUAGUGAUUCCCUAUGAGACUUACAGUCCAACAACAGACGUAUCAACCCUGUAGUAAUAUUAACAUCAAACGGUGCAUGUACCACUUUUACUGCACCAGAUGAGCAUUUCAACAAAAAAAUGCCGCUUCAGUGAUGCUCGAAGCAAUAUUUGGACAAAAAAAUAAAACUAAUAAAUUACCAAAAUAAGCAAUAAUUAAAUCCUUUUUAAGAUACUGAUAAUUAUUUAAAUCAACCUGUAGUCGAAGAAAGAACGGUCAACAGAUUGAAAUCGUUUGUCAAGAUUAAAGAGACAAAACACAGAUAAUAUUGUUCUUUCCAGCCUCUGUAUAUGUGGACAAGUUGAGAGCAGCAAACACUAUCUGCUAGAAUGUCAUAAUUAUAGACUCAUUAUGACACAAACCAUUUCCACACUACCAAGAUAUGUUAAUAUACAAACAUUAUUAUCAGGUAGUGAACUGAUCAGUGAUGAAAAAACGAAAGUAUUUUUAAAGUUGUACAAAGUUUUAUUUUGGAAACAGGAAGAUUUGGUUCAUAAACUUUUAUUUCUAUGUCGAAUUAGAUGUUGAAACUUUAUAAUUUACUUUAUUUUUUUGAAACAUUUACAUAUUUUCACAGCUACAUGUGAGACCACAAUUAGAAAUGAGUUGAUCACAUUUUUCGAUCAAACUGACUUCUGAGUAAUGGGCAAACCACAGAAUAAACAUGUAAUGUAAAUUGAAAAUUGUAUUAUAGCGGGUUUCUUUACACUAUGUUAUUAAUGUUGUCAUUCUGUUAAGGGAGACGGAUUUAUAUAAACUCUUUUUGAUUCUAUUGUAAAAUUGUAAUUUGUGCACUUUUGAAAAAUAAAAAUAUUGAUUAAA